AUGUCGCAUCCCUCCAUCGCCACCCCCGUCAAGGCCGAAUCCAACGGCGGCACCUCUGACGACGAGCCGCGCUCUGCGCGCUUCCGAGCCGGCAACAACCUCACCAAGGUGUUUGACCCGUCCUGCGACUACUGCAUCGAAAAGGGGGCCGCGGUGUGCACCUUCGACAUGGCCAAGCGCCGCCGCGGCACGAGCUGCGACCUGUGCUACGAAAAGCACCGUCCCUGCUCUGCGCGCGACCAGGUGGUGCGGGCACGAGAGGACGACGAGGCCGGGAUCGAGGCGAGACUUCACAAGAAGAGGAGGUCGAUGCAACCGGACGUCGAGAUGGAUGUCUAUGAAGACGAUACGCCGUUCAGGAGGAAGGUCAACAGGAGCCAAAUCCACGCUACCGAGCCCAGAGCCACUCGAUCUGCCAGCGCCGCGCGGAACAGGGAAGGGAGUUCGCAGUCUGCGUCGAGCGAAGGGGGAGCCAAUCGAUCAGAGAAGGUCAGAGCUAUGCAGGGCGGCCAGACAAGCUCCUGCUCGACCUCACUCAGCCACAAGACGGGCAUCCACGCAAGUUCGCCCCUUCCCCCAGUCGCCAUAAGCUCUUCCGCACCCAGCGGCAGUAAUGCACCAGGCAGCUCCGUGUCCGAACCGCGCGGAACGUCGAUGCCACAGACCAAGCGACGGGCCCGACCCAACGUCGCCGACCGAGCAGGUGCCAAUCGCUUCAAGGCCUUUCUAAUGGAAGUGUCGAAGCGCCUCAUUGACGCCAAGGAGCUUGCAGCCACCGCUCCAGACGACUACGAACGCAAGGCCAAGAUCUUCAAGCACGAGUUCAUGGCCAUCGAGAGCAGGAUGCGGGCCGAGGCGGCCCACCUCAACAUCAAGCUGCCUCGGUCCCGGGAUGCCAACCGGUCCGCGCCAAAGUCGAACUGA